CGCCCAACAAAACGAUAAGAAACUACCGAUAAAAAGGAGAAAAGAAAACCAACUAGAUUGUAUUUGGUGCUUUUAUGUUGAAUUUUGGUAUAAGAUUUGUAUAUUCCACCAUGAAAAAGAUUUACAAGUUACAAGAAGAUAUAUAGGAGACGGAGAGAGAUUGAGGGGCUGCAAGAACCAACUGGCAACACGCACACUCACCUCAACCUUCUCUUUAAAAAUGGCAGCAGCUAUAAAUCAAGGAAAAAGGUGGUAAUUAAUCACAGCUCGCCAACUAGACAAGGUGAUAGAGUGGUGACGACCACCUAAUCUAACCUAACCUAGCUUCCAAUUUUUUAUGUGUUCAUCAUUGCGUAAUCUCAACUCUCUGUUGGAAAGAUAUAGAAAUUCGGGUUUUGUUCGUCGUUGCUGUCAGUGAUUACUUAUCUGUUCUGAAAGAUGAGUGGUUUUUUCGCUAUUUUCGUGUUCGUGUUCUGUAACAUGCUUCUGCUUACUGAUUAUUCUUCUUCCCUUCCCUUGUGUACAAAUAUGAGAUCACCCAUCACGCCGAAGACUCCGCUUAAUUUCUGUCGAUACAAUGGUAGCGUUUGCUGUGAUUCCGCUGAGGAUUUGCGGUUGCAGAAUCUAUUUAAGGCAAUGAAUGUUUCUGAUCUUGGUUGUGCUUCUCUUGUGAAAUCAAUACUUUGCUCGAGAUGUGAUCAGUUUUCUGCUGAGCUAUAUCGAUUUGAAUCAGCGCCUCGACAAGUUCCUCUCCUCUGCAACUCAUCACAGCACCAACCUGGUGGAGUUGACUUUUGUUCCAAGGUCUGGGAUGAAUGCCAAAAUGUAGCAUUGUUAAACUCUCCAUUUUCGUUGCAAGUUGGAGGUGGAACUCCGUCCAAUUCUACUUCCAAGCUGAGUGAUACAUGGCAGUCAAAAACUGCUUUUUGCAACGCGUUUGGUGGAUCUUCAAAUGAUGAAUCGUUCUGUUUUGAUGGUGGACCUGUGUUGCUCAACAGCACUGAAAUUCCAAGUCCCCCGAGUGGUAUGUGCCUUGAAAAAAUUGGAAAUGGAUCGUACCUCAACAUGGUAGCCCAUCCCGAUGGGUCAAACCGUGUUUUCUUAUCCGACCAAGCAGGUAAAGUAUGGCUGGCAACUGUUCCGGAGGAAGAAUCAGGAGAAACAUUGGUGAUCGACGAAGCAAAUCCCUUUCUUGACAUAACAGAUCAAGUAUAUUCCGACACUGAGCUUGGAAUGAUGGGAUUAGCAUUUCAUCCUAACUAUGUCCAAAAUGGCCGUUUCUUUGCUUCAUUCAACUGUGACAAGGUUACAUGGCCACAAUGUUCAGGAAGAUGCUCAUGUAACUCUGAUGUGGGAUGCGAUCCUUCGAAGCUGGAACCGGAUAAUGGUGGGCAGCCAUGUCAGUACCACAGUAUCAUAGCAGAGUUCACUGCCAAUGCUACCACGCCACAACCUUCGUCGUUCGCUAGUGUAAAACCACUUGAAGUCAGAAGAAUAUUCACCAUGGGCCUUCCAUUUACUACCCAUCAUGCAGGUCAAAUUCUGUUUGGACCUAAAGACGGAUAUUUGUACUUCAUGAUGGGAGACGGUGGAAGCAUAGGUGAUCCUUACAAUUUCGCACAGAACAAAAAAUCCUUGCUUGGAAAGAUUAUGAGGCUCGACAUCGAUAACAUACCAAGUGCAAAAGAAAUUGCUGACCUUGGCCUAUGGGGAAAUUAUUCUGUUCCUGGAGAUAAUCCUUUUACCGAAGAUGAGGAACUGCGGCCGGAAAUUUGGGCUUUAGGAUUUCGAAAUCCUUGGCGAUGUAGUUUUGAUCUUGAAAGACCUUCCUACUUCCUUUGUGCAGAUGUUGGUCAGGAUCAGUACGAAGAGGUUGAUCUAGUCACCAAGGGCGGAAACUAUGGAUGGCGUGUUUACGAGGGGCCUUUUCGAUACAAUCCCCCUAAAUCUCCGGGAGGAAAUACAUCUGCCAGCUCCAUUAACCCAAUUUUCCCUGUAAUGGGAUACACACACUCUGAAGUCAACAAGGCUGAAGAAUCUGCAUCGAUCACAGGAGGCUACUUUUACCGAUCCACAACAGAUCCGUGCAUGUAUGGAAGGUAUAUUUAUGCAGAUUUGUAUGCCAGUGCUAUAUGGACAGGAUUAGAAACUCCCGAAGGUAGCGGAAACUUCACUACCGCUAAAAUCGCGGUCAGUUGUGCUCUGGACUCUCCUAUCCAGUGCGGUGCCGAGGCAGGAAGCUCUGUCACUGCAUUAGGGUUCAUAUUCUCAUUUGGUCAGGAUAACAGGAAAGACAUCUUUAUGCUGACCAGCAGCGGCUUAUAUCGAGUUGCUAAGCCUAGCCGCUGCAACUACACUUGCUCCAUAGAGAAUGUUACAUCCUCUUCCCCUCCAAAAUCUGUUCCCUCUCCUCCUCCUUCCCCUUCAAGCACAGGGCGGUUGAACAAUCCAUUAACACUGGAGCUAUUGAUCAUCUUCUGUACAUUGUUGCUUCCGUUUCGGUGUUCACUUGUAAUUUUAUAAGCUAAAGAAAAGAAGUUGUUAACUUCUGCAUACUAUUCCAAUUUGAGGACAUCUAUAAACUUCCAUGAAUUUAUUGUACAACAAGCUUAAGUUUACAGCA